CACUGAUAUAUGGCACUGAUAGGCAGCACUGACUGGCACGGAUAGGCAGAACUGACAGGGCACUGAGAGGUGGCACUGACUGGCACUGAUAUGCGGCACUGACAGGCAGCACUGACUGGCACUGAUGCGCACUGAUAGGCGACACUGACUGGCACUGAUUGGCAGCACUGAUAGGUGGCACUGAUUGGCAUUGAUAGGUGGCACUGAUGGGUGACAUUGAAAGGCAGCUCAGAUGGGCACUGAUAUGUGGCAUUGAUGUGCACUGGUAUGCACUGAUAUGUGGCAUUCAUGUGGCACUGAUGGGCACUGACAGGUGGCACUUCUGGGGCCACACUGAUCAUCAGGGGCACACUGAUCAUCAGUGCCCUGAUGUGGUACUAUGUACCAUAUUUGGUGGAAAUGCCCAAAACUAUGGGGCUUUUGGA